AUGAGUAUGGCUCCCAAUGUUUACUGCCCUCUUUGUGGAGUCGUUCUGCUGCCCGACCCCUACAGUAACGACUAUGGUGAAGAACCAGCUUGGCAGUCCCACGCUCGACCUUGGUACGCAGAAGUACGAGGGCUCUACUCAACCGAUGUUACUACUGGCAAUGUCACCACAACUGGGCUGGGGAUAGUACGUGGGCGUAACAUUCUCUGUGCGCCGCUUCGCAGUGAUCAAUCCUAUGCCGGCGCGGAGCCUAUGGCGCUGGGGGAAUGGAGGCUCUUCGGAUCAUCUGUAGUCCGUUGGUGCUUCGGAUUCCACGACUCGUGUUGGAAAUUGCUUCUCCUCAGACUUGCUCAUGGAUCGGAUGAGGCCUCCCUGAGUGAAGCGGAUGUUGCAGAAUCGGUUUUUUAUCAAUUAUACUGCACUCCUUGUAUCGACGGAUCCAUCUUCCAGUUUGGCCACGACUACGAUGGCGCCGCGCAAACACACAAAUCCUUCGGACAGCCAAAUGCAGUGAAUCUGCGCUCACAUCUCUAUGCUGACCCCUGUGCAAUACCUUCCCUAAAGGAAUUGGAAAGAACCGCAUCCGAUUUCCGCAAGAUAUGUGGUAGUUGGCUAUGGAAAGACCGAGAUGGUGCUUAUCCAACGACUGCAGCCGCGGCAGACACUGACUGCCACAGCAAAGAGGGCACCUCUGCAUCAGGCUCAUUUGGGCCUAGUGAUCGAUACAAGAUCGUUUCACUCGGCUUCGGUGAAAUGGCCAACCACCUUGAAACCCUAAAGUCUUCUCACUCUCAAAGUGUUAGGGAUUCAUCUAGGGUGUCAACAAACUAUGGACGAACUGCUACUUUCGCUCAUCUUCGCUAUCGGCUCAAUGCAGCUGUUGAGUUCAUACCAAUCUCGCCGCCCGGUAACACUAUCACUGGAUUGGUUGCCGUUGAAAUGGUAAGCCCAACUCGCUUUAAGCGCAUCGGAAUUCAGUCCCAGGAGUGCGGCAAACAACCUGAGAUACCAGAUAUUCUGGAUUACGAAUGCCAUCAAAUACCCGACGAUGAGCUGCGAUAUGACGAAAAAUUCUCUCGUUUCAUAAAUAGUACAAAUCCUGGUAACUAUCACACCUAUGCGUCACUCAAGAACAUCCGGAGAAUCCAGGCAUCUACGGGCAUAUAUGGUCGUUCCAGAUCUUCAAAUUGCAUAUCCGGUUUGAAGUUCGAGUAUUACAACCAUCCAAGUCCUGGCAUUGUAGGACAAUGGAUGCACGAACUCAAUGAUGGGUUUGAACUCUCCGAAGAUGAAGACAUCCAAUCCUUGACUAUCUGGCUCGUUCCAACGGGUUUCUCUACUGAGUGUCAGGGGAUAGAAGUAGGCCAAGUUGCAGCUAUACACAUUGAGACAACGUGUUCUCGCAGUGUCACGUUUCGCCCUCCAGACUUCCAGUCCAUCCCAUCCCAGACACUGCAACACCACCAGUAUCAGGGUGACUUCGAUGAGAAACUCACAGCUAUCUCUUGGAUAUUGAAUCUAUCCUGUGAACGCGUCCGAGCUGUUAUUUCUAGGAAUACAAGCCGCCGAACCUCCCAAAUAUUGGUCCCCGAGCAGGAAACUCCUUUUGACCAGGUACGGAAACUAUACUUUGAGAGGCAGAAUGAUGAUGGUUGCAGAGAUACCAUAAUCACAGCUGAAGCCUACUUCAAAGACCGGGCAAUAGUCGGACUAGUCUUCAUUUAUGCGUCAGGUCACACAGCGAGCACAGGUGAUCUCCACACCAAGACCCGUCAAACAGUUCAUUUUGCGCCGGAUGCCCAGAUUGUUCGCUUGUCGGCUGUUGUUGCGAACACAGACCACAAGCUUUUGGAAAUUGAAUUCGAAGUCGGACGGAAUGAGCAGCAUCGGUACGAAAAGCUUGGACUUCCCGCCAAUAUUUCCCAUGACCUAGGGCAUAUCGUCAGUUGUUACUGGCGAGAGACGCAGUGUAAGGAUGAUGCGUCUGCGGAAGAUUAUCAGCGGUUUUCAGUGAGUGAGAGAGUAUACAAGCCCCCGAAUGGGUCGAGGCUUGUUGGUAUCUAUAUGUGUUGUCAGGAGUUUUCUCGUGUUGGGGCACUAUACGAGCUUGGUGUUUCUCCAUAG